AUGAAGAAGGAAGUGACCCGACUGCUUGAAGCCGACAUUAUCUAUCCAAUCUCGGAUAGUGAGUGGGUUAGUCCAGUACAAGUGGUUCAGAAGAAGUCUGGUGUCACAACAGUGAAGAAUGAGAAUGGGAAACUCAUGGCUACAAGAGUGCAGAAUUCCUGGAGGGUGUGCAUUGACUACAGGCGCUUGAACUUGGCCACUCGGAAGGAUCACUACCCACUACCUUUCAUCGAUCAAAUGCUUGAUCGUCUGUUAGGUUUCUACUGGCAUUUUAUCAAGGACUUCAGUAAGGUUGCACUACCUCUGUCCUGUCUGCUGCAGAAGGACAUAGAGUUUGACUUGAGUGAGGACUGCAUGGAAGUAUUUAACAAGCUGAAGAUUGCCGUGACCCAAGCUCCUAUUGUGAGAGGGCCUGAUUGGAGUAGGCUGUUCGAGAUCAUGUGUGACGCAUCUAAUUAUGCAGUAGGAACGGCACUAGCUCAACGCGAAGGUAAGGACCCUUAUAUUAUUGCUUAUGCUUCUAAAACUUUAGAUGGUGCCCAGUCUAAUUAUACUACCACCGAAAAAGAACUUUUAGCUAUUGUUUUUGCUUUGGAUAAAUUCCGAGCUUAUUUACUUGGAACUAAGGUGGUAGUAUAUUCAGACCAUGCAGCUUUGAAAUACUUGUUAGCUAAGAAAGAGUCUAAACCAAGCUUGCAAGCAAUAUCUGAGGUGGUUCCUUGGUACGCACUCAUAGCUAAUUAUUUGGUUAGUCGUACCUUUCCUCCUAAUUUUUCUAAGCAUCAAAAGGACAAGCUCAAGAGCGAGUCCAAGUAUUAUAUAUGGGAUGACCCAUAUUUAUGGAGAUGUGGUGCUAAACAAAUAAUUAGAAGGCGUGUUCCACAAUCCGAAAUCCAGUCUAUAUUAGAGGCCUGCCACUCUUCUGAGAGCGGUGGACACUUUGGUCCUCAAAGAACUACAAGAAAAAUUUUAGAUUGCGGAUUUUGGUGGCCCACACUUUUUAAGGAUGCUACUGUUGAUUAUGUUUCUAAAUGGGUGGAAGUAAUUCUUACACGUAUUGAUGAUGCUAACAUGGUUGUUUCUUUUGUUAGGAAUAAUAUUAUUUGUUGCUUUGGAUCAACACGAGCAAUCGUGAGUGAUCAAGGCUCUCAUUUUUUUAAUAGAAGAAUGACAGAUUUGUUGAAAAAACAUGGGAUCAUUCACAAGGUGGCGAUGGCUUACCAUCCCCAAACAAAUGGCCAAGUCAAGUUGUCUAAUAGAGAGAUCAAGCGCAUACUAGAAAAGAUUGUUAAACCUCAUUGGAGGGAUUCGAGUACUAGACUUGCAGAUGCGCUAUGGGCUUACCGGACAACUUACUGGCAUGAGUCCGUUCUCCUAGUCUACGGAAAGGCUUGUCACCUUUUGGUAGAAGUGAACACAAAGCUUACUGGACUAUGA